CAUAAACCUGCACCUUCUUCCCUGCUGGGACCCUCCCUCUGCAGCUAUGGUUUGGAGGACACUGGUCGCCAGCAACUUUUCCACCUGCCCCAAUGGCUCUAUCCAGUGGAUCUGGGAUGUGUUUGGUGAAUGUGCCCAGGAUGGCUGGGAUGAGGCCAGCGUGGCCCUGGGCUUGGUCUCCAUUUUCUGCUUCGCUGCGUCUACCUUUCCCCAGUACAUCAAAGCCUGCAAGACAGGCAACAUGGACCAGGCCCUGUCACUGUGGUUCCUGCUGGGCUGGAUCGGUGGAGACUCCUGCAACCUCAUUGGUUCCUUUCUGGCAGACCAGCUACCCCUGCAGACCUACACGGCUGUGUAUUAUGUCCUGGCCGACCUUUUGAUGCUGACACUGUACUUCCAUUACAAGUUCAAGAAGCGACCUUCUCUGUUGUCUGCCCCAAUCAAUUCUGUGCUCUUGUUCAUCUUGGGGACGGUGUGCAUCACACCACUGUUGAGCAGCACUGAUCCUGUGGCUGUCCCCAGGGAAGGCUUCAGGGGGCGGACGCUCCUGUCUGUGGAGCCAGGCAAUAAGCCCUUCACAAAGAAGGAGGUCGUCGGUUUUGUCAUUGGCUCCGCCUCCAGCGUGCUGUACCUGCUCUCAAGGCUGCCGCAGAUUCGCACCAAUUUCGUACGGCAGUCAACCCAAGGCAUUUCCUACUCGCUGUUCGCACUGGUGAUGCUGGGGAACACGCUGUAUGGGCUCAGUGUGCUGCUCAAAAACCCCGAGGUGGGCCAGAGUGAGGGCAGCUAUCUGCUGCACCACCUGCCCUGGCUCGUGGGCAGCCUGGGAGUGCUCCUGCUUGACACCAUUAUCUCCAUCCAGUUCCUGGUGUACAGAAACCAUGAUGCUGAUGCUGCCUCAGAGCGAGAGCCGCUCCUCCCAAGCUGACCCCACAGCUGCCCUCCCAGGAA